ACAGGAGAAGGGCGCGCAGGCGCAGUCAUCGGGUGGAGAAAAACCGCAGCCUUGCCGUUCUCAAAGGCUGGGCAGUGGAAGUCCUGUUCCUGGUUGGUUAAUAACACAUUAGUCUCCAGCUUUUGCUGUACGUUUGAGAAGCCGCUUCUCCCCCUGCUGCCAGAAUUAUGGAGCUCCCCUUCCGAAAAGAAUUGGAGAAGUACAAGGAACUUGAUGAAGAUGAAAUCCUGGGGAAGUUGUCGGAAGAAGAGUUGAAGCAGCUGGAAUCCGUGCUGGAUGACCUUGAUCCAGAGAAUGCCCUUCUUCCAGCAGGAUUUCGACAGAAGGACCAGACUAUUAAAAAGCCCUCUGGUCCUUAUGACAGAGAGAAACUCCUUGCAUAUCUGGAGAAACAAGCACUGGAGCAUAAAGACAGGGAAGACGUUGUCCCUUACACAGGAGAAAAGAAAGGGAAAGUCUUUAUCCCCAAACAGAAACCAAUACAGACUUACACAGAAGAAAAAGUGACCCUUGAUCCGGAACUGGAAGAAGCAUUGACAAGUGCCACCGACACCGAAUUGUGUGACCUUGCAGCUAUCCUAGGAAUGCACAACUUGAUAAGCAACGCUCAGUUUUGUGAUAUUGUGGGAAGUAGCAACGGUAUCAGCAACGAAAGUUUCUCAAAUAUAGUCAAAGGGGAAAAGAUUAUACCAGUCUUCGAUGAGCCGCCAAAUCCUACAAAUGUGGAGGAGAGUUUGCAACAGAUAAAAGAGAAUGAUCCUCGCCUCCUUGAUGUUAAUCUGAACAAUAUAAAGAACAUCCCUAUCCCAACAUUGAAAGAGUUUGCCAAGGCACUGGGGACAAAUACCCACGUGAAGAAUUUUAGUCUUGCCGCUACAAGGAGCAACGAUCCUGUCGCUGUGGCUUUUGCAGACAUGCUGAGAGUGAACAAAACCCUGAAGAGCCUCAACUUAGAAUCCAACUUCAUCACUGGGUCGGGCAUGCUGGCGCUAAUUGAUGCGCUGAAAGAGAAUGAAACCCUGACGGAGAUCAAAGUUGAUAACCAGAGGCAGCAGUUUGGACAGCCUGUGGAAAUGGAAAUUGCAAAGAUGCUUGAAGAAAACACAAAGAUUCUUAAAUUUGGAUACCACUUCACACAGCAGGGACCACGAACUAGGGCAGCAGCUGCAAUUACGAAAAAUAAUGAUUUAGUUCGCAAGAGAAGGGUGGAAGGAGACCAUCAGUAAACCUUCUCGACGCCCGAUCUACACGGUUUGGAGAAUGCAAAGCUCCUUGAGGCGUAUCUGCUUAGCUUGGGCAAUCACAAGACUUCUUUUUACCUGGGUAGAAGGGAAAAGACUGGAAUCACCAUUCCUUUUAUUACUUUUUUUUGUAAAGUUAUAUUGAUACACGUGGUAAUCAACACAUGUAGGUUUGAAACCUUGUAAUCCCAUCUGCCCAAGGUCAGUUUUUGAAAAUGCUUCAAGACUUGGGUCUGUGUUUCCAUCAAGGUAACUAUAUCAGUUCUAAAAUCUCUGUGGUAGCUCCCUAGUAGCCAUUAAAGAUCAUGAGCAAGCAGUGAGAACUGGGUGGGAGGGGGAUCUGGAGUCCUCUUUUAAUGACUUUAUAUAUUUUUUUGAAAACAAUGUCUUAAUGAAAAAGGGAUUCUUCAUAUGGAACAAAAGACUCUCUUAAUACUUCCUUUGCCCUCCUUGUUCAUGAUACAGUCAUUUACAGUUAACCCCUUUUAACUUUAGUAUGUUCCUACCAAGUGGAAUGCUUUCUUGAUAACGGAGAUUAAAACUUGAAACUUCUUUUUUAAAUAAGAGGAGAUUAUUCCACUUUAAGGGGUGCUUCUGCUUUUUAUCUUUUGGGAUAAGCUACACUGAUAAAAACAGAGAUGGAGGGCCUUCAAGACUAUGGCCAGAUGCUGGUUUGGGUGGCUUACUAUUUUUUUCUUCUGUUAACAUGCAAAACAGGACACUUCAGCACUUUGUUCUGUUAUGCCUAAACUGGAUGUAUUUAUAGUCUUUUGGGUUUUUUUAAAAAAAAUCUUUCAUAACAAUGGUGUUGGGUUAUGUUCCUAGAGAUGUAAAGAUUAUAGAUACUGUUUGAAACGUCAGUGGGGGCCUGUGAAAUGCAAGGCUUCGGGGCCAAAUGUGCCAGUCACUGAUCACUUGUUACACCAGAUGCUUAAUAAGCCCAUUUUUUUCUGUGGACCGAGACAUGGACUACCUUUUUUUAAUGUGAUCCUCUAGCUGUGAACUUUUGACAGGCAUAGCAAACUUUCUAGAAAUACACGAUCACACAUUCUGGAACACCAGUGACCUGUGUGUACAGGCGCACCUGGUGAUUUUCAAGUGAAAAGAACAGUUUUAAAAGACGUUUUAAUAACACGUGCUUGAUUCCGUCUUUUGAAUUAUCCUCCUUACAGAGGCUGACUAGAUGGCUCCUGAAUUUAUGACUGGAGCUUUGAAGCCACUGUGAAAGAAGGCUCAGGUUAGAGUUGCCACUACGUUCAUGCCGACCACUGAUUCUUACGGUUUCAUGGUUUUUCACAUGGGUGUGCAGGGCACAAUCCCACAAGCUGGUCUUUAAACAAACUCUGCUGAAAUAUUGGAACAUAGACAAAUAGAAUAAGACUCUCAUGCUGCAUUCUGAUGGAACAAUCAGCCAUGGCUUACCAUUAAGGAGUGAGCCGUGGAAAAUUCCUUCGUGCACAUCCUCCCUCCACUUGCCAUAAAGCUUGGUUAUUGAAGAUUUCUUUCAUUCACAACAAACCACAGUUGCCAAUUAUAGACAAAUCACAAACUAUGGUUUGUAAGUAAGAAACCAUUUAGGAUUCAGGCAGGAUGACAAAUUGUGGUUUAUUGUAAACCAGGAAGAUGUCAGCUUCAGAACUGAGCAUGAAGGGAGGGAGCAUAUUGGGAGCAUAUGGAUCCCAAGGACUUCCAAGGCUUAUUUUUAUCUGAAUGCAGCCACAGGGUUAGUUGCAACUCAUUUAAGUUCCAAGUUCUGGCUUCAGAAAAACUUGGCAACAAAUGUGGCACCUCCACUUCAAGCACAAUGUGUCUUUUUUUUUCUUGUUGUAAAAUGUUUUGACUGUGCUGUUUGAUGUGCAUGAAAAAAGUUGCACAGAGCAAAAACAUCAGGUCAUAACUCAGCAUUUUUAGUAGAGAUGAAUUGCAUAUAUUUUUAUAAUCACUUGAUACUCAACUUUGACUUGGUAGCGUACAUAAAAUGGUCUCUAUGGUAAAGGUUUCUGAUCAUCUGCUUUUCUUGGAAGUUCCUUUGAAAUUGGUGAGACUUUCUGCCAAGUCAGUGAAUGGAGCACUGCGGCAGGAGCUGUUUUGCUACCCAGCAAAGAGUGGGUUGGGACGAGGUUCUAUUGCAUCUUAAUGUACAAACAUAGUAACAUUUUUAAAUUUUGUUGUGCCCGUAUGUAUGCUAAUAGAAAUCAUACUUGAUUUUAAAAUGAUUUAGGGAAACAAAACUCAUUCUUUUUUCACUUGCAACUCUUUUUAGCAUUGUACAACAAAACAAGGAAUAAAAUAUAGUCCCAGUACAUCAAUAAAUGCUUUUGAAAGUAUCCAGUGCAUGAAUAAUAACAGUAUGCAUAAUUAAAAGUGCUGGGAUUGACGGCUUCUGAAAAACCAAAGAUUGCCUGGGCCAUGUAGCACUCUCAGUACCAGAUGCAGCUCUUUUUCCCAGUCUUGAUUUACAAAACGCAUGUCAGCUUUGCAGUGUGUCCCAGAUGUAGGUUGCAAUCUGCCAAGGCCUUCACAACCCCAGUUUUUGGUAGCUUUAUACACUUGGAUUUGUCAAGCCCUUGGACAGUGGUAUGCUGGCAGACCCCAGAGACUGCAAAGUGACCGCUGUCGUGGACAGUAUUUUAGUUGUCGCCUUACAGGUUGCAUUCCCAUAUUCUGCAUUUAUGUUCUUAACAAAAUAUUAGACCUGCAGUGCCAGACCUGAAUAAUUCUGUGCCCGAGUCUCAUUGAAACCAUUAGGCUUUAACCAUCCAUGGGAAGCAUUGCACUCAGUCUUGGACAGAUGGUGCUAUACUCCUUUGACUAUAAAGUUUUGAGGGUUGCUUCUACUGUACUGCAGUGCCUGGACAAGGGGGGAGGAUCCACCAGGCACUGCUUCUGCACAACUUCCAUUCACACACAAAAUGGCUUCUGCGAGGGCCCUCAUAUGUCCUACUAAAGUUGUUGCACAAUGGGACUCCUAGAUGGCUGAUCUCAAUUUUUACAGUGCCUAAUACUAUUUCAAAGUUGUCAAUGCAGUCAGUAAGUGUUUAUUAUGUUAGGUUGGAUCUGUGUUGUCAGCCCAUUUGGUUUUGUCUGUCUUGUCUGAUCAGCUUUGGGGCAUAUUGGUGUCAAGACUACUAAUGACAUUUUCAGUUAAAGCAGGUGGAAGGUACGUAUUACGGGUAAGCUUUGUCAUCCUCUAUACUAGCCACGGUGGCCUGCAAAUUUACCAGCAAACAUGUCCUUCAUAGAGAUGGGAAGCCCACAUGCAAGAGAAUUCAGGAUCAUCAGGAAUGUCAUAGUGGGGUAUUCUUUACUCCCGUAGUCAGUCUAAACAGAGUAAGCUGAGAUGGAAAACUGCAAACUAACCCUCCAAGAGGGGCAGGAGGAAUAUCCAAAUUGUGGAGUUGUUUUAACAGGUUCUGGCUGUGGGUGUGUUGCACCAUUAUUUGAUCUAUGGGAAACGGAGGCUUCCAAACUUUUGGGAACAGGCAAAAAUACAUGCUAAGAAAGAAGUGAGGCUUAGUUUUAAGGUCACAUAUGAUUGAUAUAACCUUGCAUAUGACGCUGGUUCUGAAACAAACACAUACAAAGCUGGGCCAGCUGCUCAAAAGGUGAAACAUUCAGUACAUUUUACAGCCUAAUGUUUCAUAAAUAAAUUGCUUUAAAAUAUGCACUUACUGGUAAAAUAAUUAACCUCAUAAUUUUGUUGAUCAUCUUAAGUUCUGCUUUUAAGAUCAUGGAUAAAACUUUUCCAAUACUAUACUGCCGAGAAAUGUGCUUACACCCUUAAUACUGUUUACAAACGUUAUCUUCUGUUGUUUUUGAUACAAAUAAUACUGUUUGUAAGCUAUCAAGUAUAUAGAUUCUGUUUUGGAUGAAGCGUCUGUUGAAGAAAUGGGAAUGCAUCCGAAUGCCAGCACUGUAUGCUGUCGUUAUUGUAAUAAAAGUAAUCAAAUGACA